ACAAGCAGAGUGAAGGAACACUAGUUUUUCUGGGUUUCAUUUUAGCUUCAUUAGAAGAAUCGCAAAGUCCAACGAUUCCAAAAAUGGCAACAACAGUAACUCUCCCAUCGAUGAUUAUUCCUCGGAGUUGGAAUUCGAACCUUUCUUCUCCACACCAAAACGGACCGUUUUGGACCAAGAAAACACCCUCGAUUUCUAUCACUCUCUCUCUCUUUCUCUCAUCCACAAAAAUUAGAAGAAGCAGCAGCAGAAGCUCUUCUACUACCUUGCCUGCUGCCUUGCCCUUCGAUCUCUCUCCUCCUCCAAUCGAUCACGACUUCCUCGAUGCUCUGACACUUUCAGGUACAAAGGUUUCGGAUGAUGGGAUUGUUGAAACAUUUGACAAUGAUGAUGAAGCAUUAGAUGCGGUUGAUAAUGGGGUUGUGGUUGUGGACCUUUCACAUUAUGGCCGGAUAAGAGUUAGUGGAGAAGACCGUAUCCAGUUUCUUCACAACCAAAGCACUGCAGAUUUUGAAUGUCUUCACAAAGGACAGGGAUGUGACACUGUUUUUGUUACACCAACAGCUCGGACAAUUGAUCUUUCACAUGCGUGGAUCAUGAAAAAUGCAGUUUUAUUAGUAGUUUCACCAGUGACGUGUCAAAGUAUAACUGAAAUGCUGAACAAGUACAUAUUUCCCGCUGACAAGGUCGAGAUUCAAGACAUCACCAAGCAAACUAGCUUAUUUGUUUUGGUGGGACCCAGAAGCAAUCAAGUAAUGGAUGGGUUGAACCUUGGUGAUCUUGUUGGACAACCUUACGGCACACAUCGACAUUUUAGUGUAAAUGGAAUGCCGGUUACUGUAGGGGUGGGAAAUAUCAUUUCCGAAGAAGGUUUUUCUCUGUUGUUGACACCAGCUGCUGCUGAAUCAGUCUGGAAAACCAUUCUUUCUCUGGGUGCUAUCCCAAUGGGAUCUAAUGCGUGGGAAAAACUAAGGGUUCUUCAAGGUAGGCCGACUCCUCAAAAGGAACUUACUAAUGAAUUUAAUGUCCUGGAGGCUCAUCUCUGGAAUUCCAUCUCUCUGAACAAGGGGUGUUACAAGGGACAGGAGACUAUAUCUAGACUUGUAACAUAUGAUGGAGUCAAGCAGAGACUCUGGGGAAUUCGUCUAUCAGCACCAGCAGAACCUGGCAGCCCCAUCACAAUUAAUGGGAAAAAGGUGGGAAAGAUAACAAGUUAUGCAUCUGGAAGAAAAGAAUCUGAGCAUUUUGGUUUAGGCUAUAUCAAGAGGCAAGCUGCUUCAGAAGGAGACACUGUAAUCGUUGGAGACGACAUCACAGGGACAGUGGUGGAAGUUCCUUUUCUUGCACAGCAAUGCCCACCAUCACGUGGUUCAAGUUCUUGAGAUGUAAAUGUCAUUUUUUUAUGGUGAUGACUGAUGAUGGCAAUGGUGAAGAUGGUUGAUACUUGGUUCCUAGUUCUUGUUUAUAGUCCUUAAUCAGGUCUUGAAAUAUGAAAGUAGGAAAUGGGAGGGAAAGACCAAUGUGUAGGGUGGUCUUUCUGCCCCUUGUGGGUUUUCUUGUCUUGGCUAAAAGUAGUAUGGUAGAUUGGUUUAAAAGCGAUUUGGUCCCGUUUUCUUAAAAGGUGAAAGCUACUCUGAUUUCUAGAGCACUUGUUUUGCUGCUGGAUUAGAGAUAUGAGGUUUCAAACAGCAAAUGUCGAUUGGACUAAAAUGUGAUGUCUUCAAUUUCUGAUU